AUGACUGUCUCUAGUAAGCAACCUGCUUAUACUUUGGUCUUUGAUCCUUCUCCAAUGGCUGUCAGCUACACUGUAGCUGAUUUCCAAAAGGCAUUGGAAAAAGGAUCUGAUGAGGACAAAAUUGAAACUAUGAAGGAAAUUUUGGUUACUAUGUUGGAAGGUAACCCAUUGCCUGAAUUACUGAUGCAUAUUAUUAGAUUUGUUAUGCCUUCUAAGAACAAAAGAUUAAAGAAGUUACUAUACUUUUAUUGGGAAAUUGUUCCAAAAUUAGAUUCUGAAGGAAAACUAAGACAUGAGAUGAUUUUGGUUUGUAAUGCCAUCCAACACGAUUUACAACAUCCAAACGAGUUUAUCAGAGGUAAUACUUUGAGAUUUUUAACUAAAUUGAAAGAAGCUGAACUAUUAGAACAAAUGGUUCCUUCCGUAUUAGCUUGUUUGGAUUAUCGUCAUGCUUACGUCCGUAAAUAUGCCAUCUUAGCUGUAUUGUCUAUUUACAAAGUUAGUGACCAUUUGAUCCCAGAUGCAAAGGAGAUUAUUCAUUCUUUCUUAGCUGCUGAAACCGAUCCUGUUUGUAAGAGAAACUCUUUUAUUGGGUUGUCUGAAUUGGAUCGUGAUGCUGCUUUGACUUAUUUAGAAGAUAACAUGACUUCUAUUGAAUCAUUGGAUCCUCUGUUACAAGUUUCUUUGGUUCAAUUCAUCAGAAAAGAUGCUAUCAAUACCCCUUCAUUAAAGGCUCAAUACAUCGAAUUAUUAUCAGAAAUCUUAUCUUCCACUUCUUCAAACGAAGUUAUUUUUGAAGCUUGUUUAGCUUUAACUUCUUUGAGUUCUAAUCCAGUUGUUUUGAAUUCUGCUGCUUCAAAAUUGAUUGAUUUGGCUGUUAAGGAAUCCGACAACAACGUUAAGUUAAUUGUUUUAGAUCGUAUCCAAGACAUCAACAACAAGAACCCCGGUACUUUGGAAGAUUUAACUUUAGAUAUCUUGAGAGUUUUGUCUGCUGAAGAUUUAGAUGUUCGUGCCAAGGCUUUAGAUAUUUCAAUGAACUUGGUUGCCUCAAGAAAUGUGGAUGCUGUUGUUAAAUUAUUGAAAAAAGAAUUCCAACAAACUGUUAACAAUGGUGAAAAGGAUAAGUCAAUGCAAUACAGACAACUUUUGAUUAAGAGUAUCCACUCCGUUGCUAUUCGUUUUGUCGAAGCUGCUGGUGAUGUCAUCUCAUUAUUGUUAGGAUUCAUCGGUGAAUUGGGUACCGCAGGUGCUAGUGAAGUUAUUUCAUUUGUUAAAGAAGUAGUCGAAAAAUUCCCACAAUUGAGAGCCACUAUCUUGAAUAAUUUGAUUUCUUCAAUGGAAGAAAUCAAGUCUGCAAAGGCCUACAGAGGUGCUUUAUGGAUUUUGGGUGAAUACGCCACUUCUGAACAAGAAAUCCAAAAUUCUUGGAAACAUAUCCGUGCUAGUAUCGGUGAAGUUCCUAUAUUACAGUCUGAAUUGAGAAGAUUAAACAAGAAAAAUGAAGAUGAUGAAGCUGAGAAGGAAGAAUCAGAAUCUAAGCCUACUGGUCCUGUUAUUUUACCAGAUGGUACUUAUGCUACAGAAAAUGCAUUUGAUUCUGUUAAAACCAACAAAGAUGAUUCUUCUGAAGAAAUCGAAUCUAGACCACCAUUGCGUCGUUUCAUUUUAUCUGGUGAUUUCUACACUGCUUCUAUUUUGGCAAGUACAAUUAUCAAGUUAGUAAUUAGAUUCAAGAAUUUAUCAAAAGACACUAAGAUUAUUAAUGCUUUUGUUGCUGAAGGUCUAUUGAUUUUAGUUAGCAUAAUCAGAGUUGGUCAAAGUAACCUAGUUGAGAAGAGAAUCGACGAAGAUUCCCAAGAAAGAAUAAUGAAUGCUAUUUCAAUCUUGAUGGAUGAAAACAACUCUAAGACUGAAGAAAUUGAAAGCCAACUAUUGAAAUUGGCUUUCUUAGAUGCUACCAAGUCUUCUUUCCAGGCUCAAGUUGCUCGUUCCAAAAAAGAAUUGGCCAAAAGAUCAGCUAAAAAUAUCAAGAAGAAUGCUGAAGCUGUUGAUAAAGCCAUGAACUUCAGACAAUUUGCCGGCUCUAUUUCAACUUCAAACACCGAAGAUACAAUUGAAGAAGACUUGAACUUGGCCAUUAAAGGUGAUGAUUCAAUGGCAAAGGCCAACUUGGUAUCUUCUAAAUUGAGAAAGAUUGUUCAAUUAACUGGUUUCUCCGACCCUGUUUAUGCUGAAGCAUAUAUCACAACCAAUCAAUUUGAUGUUGUAUUUGAUGUUCUUUUGGUUAACCAAACUAAAGAAACUUUAAAGAAUUUGCAUGUUCAAUUUGCAACUUUAGGUGACUUAAAGAUCAUUGAUAAUCCACCAAGUACGAAUAUUAUUGCUCAUGGUUUCCAUAAGAUCAGUGUUACGGUCAAGGUUUCAUCAGCUGACACCGGUGUCAUUUUUGGUAAUAUUAUAUAUGAUGGUGGUCAUGGUCAAGAUGCUCGUUACGUUAUCUUGAACGAUGUGCAUGUUGACAUAAUGGAUUACAUUAAACCAGCCAAGACUACUGAUGAAAACUUCCGUACCAUGUGGAAUGCAUUCGAAUGGGAAAACAAAAUAUCGGUAAAGGCCCAGUUGCCUACUUUACAUGCUUACUUAAGAGAAUUGGUUGAAGGUACUAACAUGGGUAUUCUAACUGAAGAAAACUCUUUAGGUGAAGAAGACUGUAGAUUCUUAAGUUGCAACUUAUACGCCAAGUCAUCAUUUGGUGAAGAUGCAUUAGCUAACUUAUGUAUUGAAAAGGAACCAUCCACCGGCCAAGUUGUAGGUCACGUCCGUAUUCGUUCCAAGGGUCAAGGUUUAGCCCUAUCAUUAGGUGACAGAGUCGCUUUGAUUGCUAAACAAAACAACAAGGUUAAACUAGACCGUAUUUAG